GGUACAUACUGAUGCGAUGUACUUCUGGCGGACACGGCUUGCAGGUCUGCGUGCGCGUGAGAUACAUACAGGGUGAUCUGGAGCGAAAUUACGGAGAUGACAGCCUGGAAACAGGGACAGGAAGCGGGGAGGAUUCGGACGCUGUCCGGGCGGGAGGCGCUGGGCUGCGGGAGGACGUCCGAGGGGGCGUUACCCGAACACGUUGCACGGCGUACGCACGUCCCCACGCCUGCUGACGCGGCCGCCCUCGCGUGUGCUCGCGACGCCUCCCGCCCUCCGCCCUCGGCAGGCGAACUUCACUGGGCACGUCGAGCUGAGUCGGGUCGAGUCAAACAGAGUGCGCAACCGGUGGAGGGGCAGGGGAGGGCUGCGUUUGGACGAGACGCAGCUUCCGAAAGCAGCAGGCGCAUACCACCGCCACAGGCUCAUACGACCCGAUCGUCUACCGCCUUCGACCUCUUCCCAAGCGCCGCCUGCUUGCCCUCCUACCCCCACCAUCUCCCCAUUCUCCUCCUCUCUCGCCUCCACCAUAUCCUCCCUCGCAAGACACGCAACAUUGGCUCUGCCAACCCCCAGUAUACACUUACACCUCCAUGGACGCUCUCAGAUCCCUCGUGCAGCCCCUCGUCGGCGGCGGAGGCGGCUCCUCAAUGAUUGACGGCAUGAAGCUUGUCGUCCUCGGUGGCACUGUCGAGACCGCCCGUCGCGUUGCCAGUUCAGGAUGGUCUCAUUUCAUUAAUUCCUUCUUCCUUACCGCCCACUUUUCCGAAGAGGACUACCCAUAUGAUUGGUUGAUGCUCUGGCUCUCUCGUCGUCCCGAGUGGCAACGUUCGCGCGAGUUUGAGACAACGACUCGCUCCUCAACGCCGGGCUUUGGGUCGCGGAUAGCCGACAAUUCUUUCGGCGACGAGGACGAGGAGGAUGACGACGCUCCUGGACGCGUAAAGACACGCGUCGUCUUCCAGCCGACGGCAAACACGACCCAUACCAUCUACUAUCGCGGGCACUGGCUCCGUGUCAAGCGUUGGAGGAAGAGUGACACCGGCAGCGAAGUCAUCUCGGUAUCCGUCGUCGCUCGGAAUAACUCGAUCCUCAAGCAGCUCGUUCUCCAGGCCAAGAAGGAGUAUGAGGCCGAGGCGGUACACCGGAUACAGAUCUACUUCGCCGACUCGCAUGGCUGCUGGAGAUGGACAGAUUCCCGGCAUAAGCGGCCUAUGUCGUCCAUCGUCCUCAACCCCGGCGUGAAGGAGAUGUUGUUGUCGGACACCAAGGACUUCCUCAAGUCUGAGAAGUGGUAUGCGGACCGCGGCAUUCCGUUCCGAAGGGGAUACUUGCUGUACGGUGUACCUGGUUCUGGCAAGAGUUCGCUGAUCCACGCCAUUGCGGGCGAGUUGAUGCUUGACAUAUAUGUCGUGUCGCUGUCGUCUUCAUGGGUAAACGACGGCACACUCACCACGCUGAUGGGACGCGUGCCAGCGCGAUGCAUAGUUCUUCUGGAGGACCUCGAUGCAGCGUUCACGCGCAGCACAUCGCGAGACGGCAGCUCGACAGGUAACCCCGACGGCAAGUCUGAGGAGAAAGCGGCAGAGCAAACUACGACCACGUCGUCUUCGUCCCGCCGGACACGUCAGAAAGAACAGUUGUCAGAUGUCAACACUCUCACAUUGAGUGGCUUGCUGAACGCACUAGAUGGUGUAGCCGCGUCAGAAGGACGACUACUAUUCGCAACGACGAACCAUCUUGAGCGUCUCGACCCGGCGUUGUCGCGUCCCGGACGGAUGGACGUCUGGAUCGAGUUCAAGAAUGCGUCAAAGUGGCAAGCUGAGCAACUGUUCCGCAACUUCUUCCCAUCGACGGACGAGGACGACGUCCCCAUAGAGGGUGAUCUUGAUAGCAUUGAGCUCCCCAUGGUACCGCCGUCGCCGUCAGCCGCGUCGUCGAGCGGCUCCACGCUCUUCUCGUUGUCGUCUACGUUCUCGUCAGUCCCGACGACCCCAUCUGGAUCGUCAAGCCCUCUGUCGCCUCUUCCUUCCCUUCCGGAAGGUCUUCCGGCACGCUCGCGCACGAGCUCGACAACCGGCGCGGGCGCGGCCAAAGGGAAGAACAAGGAGCGCACGCGGACAGUGAGCGACGCGGGUCUGCAGAACCAGGCGUACCUGCCUCCACCAGUAGAGGCGGAGAUCAUGGAUGCGAAGCACUCCGCGAAGCCGCUCGACGGCGCGACGUUGGCGGCGCUUGCUAAGAAGUUCGCGGAUUCGAUCCCGGACGAGGAGUUCAGCGUGGCUGCUCUGCAGGGCUGUGAGUGUUCCAAUUUUCGAUCGUGUACUUAUCGCGGGUUGUUACUGCGACCUUCCUCUUCACUCUUGCGCUCAUCCUUGGUCGAUGAAGCGGCUGCGGAGAUUACGUAGAAGUUUUCAUUUCACGGGGACGGUGCGUGUGAUGGAGCGCAUAGACAACGUGCUGACGGAAUGGCUUGCUUGGGCGAUGCGUAUUGACAGAUCUGCUGAAGAACAAGUCACGACCAGAAUCUGCAGCAAACGAGGCGACGGCAUGGGUGGAGAGCGAGCGAGCGUUGAGGGAAAAGUUGAAGAAGGAGAGGGAGGCGCGCGAGCGCAAGGAGAAGCAGGAGCGUGAGCAGCGCCGCAAGGAGCUUCUGCAGAAGGAGAAGGAGGCCGCUGAGCUCAAGAAGCUCGAGGAGGCCGAGGCGGCACGCAUAGUAGCGGAGCAGGCCACCGCUGUGCUUUCCGUGGUCACCCCCGUGUUGGCCCCGCUGUCGCUUGAUGAGCCGCCUGUGCAGGUAGUGGAGGACGGGAACAAGGAGAACACAAGCAGCAACGCACCUGCGGGGGAAGACGAUGGGUCGUCGGAUGACGAGGGCGACGCCGCGGAGCAGGGUGUCGGGUCUGGGACGACCUGGGUCAGUAUAGUGCAAGGCACGCCGGCUUGACUCUCUUCUCCGGUCGACGACGCGGCGGUAAAGUCUGUAACACCGACCGAGGACCUCGCCAGUUCGAGCCGUGGUGACGAGGCUUCCGACGGCGCGGACAUUGAUGAAGAACGUCGUCCGGUGUCCGACGGGACGUUCGUGAACAGUACGGGCACAGAGGAGGAUGGAGGGACAAUGCUUGCGCGGCGGCACGCGGGCGGGUUCGCGGUGCUGCAAGUGUUGGCGAUGCUCGAGUAUUAUCUCAGUGUGCUUCAUAUGUAUGUAGUGCUGCAGCUCGCGCUGUUUGGAGGGCGAUUUUGAUCGACCCCAGUAGCGAGCACGUCUUGGAACGUUAUAGUUGACGUUGGAAUAGAAUAUAUUGGGUUGCG